UACUCUAUUACAAUCAAUGAUCGGUGUGAAGUAAAUAUAGAGGGUUAGAUGUUUUUUCUGGGUUUCUAAAGUAGGCUCACAUAGUUAUUUUUCAUGUUUUCAAUAUUCUUGUUAAAGCAAGAUGAGUUUUUCUAGUGAUGAAGUAAAUUUUCUAGUGUACCGCUAUUUACAGGAAUCAGGUUUUCAUCAUUCUGCAUAUACAUUUGGUAUUGAGUCACAUAUAUCCCAAAGUAAUAUCAAUGGUGCAUUAGUGCCACCUGCUGCAUUGCUCAACAUAUUACAGAAAGGAUUACAGUACACAGAAGCAGAAAUCACUAUAGGAGAAGAUGGCACAGAAACUCGUCUUACAGAAAGUUUAAGUUUAAUUGAUGCAGUUACACCUGAUAUUGUAGCUGCUAGACAAAAUGCUCACAAUGCUCAGAAGCAAGCCAUCAAGGCCGAACCUGGCUCUGGUGGAGAACAGAAUGGUGUUGAUGGUACUACAUGUGCUGCAACUGCAGCUCCAGGGGGAGCAGCCACACCCAGUGCCCCAGAAACAAUGGACAUGGAUCAAUCUAUAGAGAUCCCGGCUAGCAAAGCCACAGUACUUAGAGGACAUGAAUCUGAAGUAUUCAUAUGUGCUUGGAAUCCCAGCACAGACCUCUUGGCAAGUGGAUCUGGUGACAGUACAGCCAGAAUAUGGGACAUGUCAGACAAUCCAGCUACAACCCCCAAUCAGUUGGUGCUGCGACAUUGCAUUCAAAAGGGUGGAGCUGAAGUACCCAGCAACAAAGAUGUUACCUCUUUGGAUUGGAAUUGUGAUGGAAACCUGUUGGCCACUGGAUCUUAUGAUGGCUAUGCUCGUAUUUGGACCACAGAUGGUACACUAGCAUCAACACUAGGUCAACAUAAGGGCCCGAUAUUUGCCCUGAAGUGGAACAAAAGGGGCAAUUAUAUUUUGAGUGCUGGAGUUGACAAAACUACAAUUAUAUGGGAUGCAUCCACAGGCCAAUGUACACAACAAUUUUCUUUCCAUUUGGCACCAGCUCUUGAUGUUGAUUGGCAAACAAACACUUCAUUUGCAUCUUGCUCAACUGAUCAGUGUAUUCAUGUUUGUAAACUGAAUGCUGACAAACCAAUCAAAAGUUUCCAAGGGCAUACUAAUGAAGUUAAUGCCAUAAAAUGGGAUCCCCAGGGUCAGUUGCUAGCAUCAUGUUCAGAUGACAUGACAUUAAAGAUUUGGUCCAUGAAGCAAGACACUUGCGUUCAUGAUUUGCAAGCUCAUUCAAAAGAAAUCUAUACCAUCAAAUGGUCACCAACAGGGCCUGGAACUCAAAACCCAAACAUGAACUUGAUUUUAGCCAGUGCUUCCUUUGAUAGCACUGUACGCUUGUGGGAUGUAGAGCGAGGUGUCUGCAUACACACCCUCACAAAGCACACUGAGCCAGUAUAUAGUGUGGCAUUUUCUCCAGAUGGCAAAUUCCUUGCCAGUGGAUCUUUUGACAAGUGUGUCCACAUAUGGUCAACACAGACUGGAAGCCUUGUCCACUCGUACAAGGGCACAGGAGGUAUUUUCGAAGUGUGCUGGAAUUCACGAGGCACCAAAGUCGGCGCAAGCGCUAGUGACGGUAGUGUCUUUGUUUUAGAUUUACGUAAACUAUAACAACCGGCUGUUAGAAACACUGUAUGUGUGUUUAAUCAUAAAAAAAUCAGGCGAUGACUUGAACAUUCUGUAGAGGGUAUAUUAUUAUUAGUUGGUUUAUCUCAUCAGUAAAUAAAGUAAUAAAAAGAAUAUAUUAAAAUUCAUGCAUAUUAUCAUAAAUUAUCUAAUGUUGGUAGUGUCAGCAGAUUCAAAGCUAAAAUAGCAAAUAUUAUAGAUAAAUAUGUAAUCACAUUAUUUUUAGGGAUUAAUACUGAAAUUCAUUACAAAUUACCUAGUGGCUGUUUAUUCAAAAGUAUACUCAAUAACUCUAGAGAUAACUAAUAAAGUAACUUUUUAAAUUACCGUCUGCGCAUGUAAGAUAUUUGUGACAUUAGUGAAAAAACCAGUCAUGUCAAAUUACAACAACACCUCUGUCUGAAUGUUUCAAGUUGAUAGAAUGAAAAUUCUUUGAAACUAUACUUAAUUUUUUGUUACUUGUGUAAUAAUAGGUAUAACUAUUGUAAGAAAUAAAACUAUAAAUAGUAAAUUAAGUUUAUUUUUUAAUUUUAGGUCAUGUAUUCCUUAAAGGUGUAAACUUAUAAUAUUAAAGUAAAAUAGACCAGUUA